CGUCGCGAUCGGAAGUUUAAACGGAUUGUUCUGGGCCGGAAACCCUUGCCCGUUGGAAUCAGGGUGUACAUCACUUUGGAGUGUGAGUGAAAGUGAAAAAGUGAAAAUCAAGGUUAAAACAGUGGUGUGAGACCGUGGAUUCAAGUUUUGUUUUGCUUGCCACCCACGGUAUCUAUCGUUUUCCUCGAAGAAGGAAGCGGAAGUGUUGUCCAAUUUGUCCCCAGUCAGUGGGGAGCACGGACAGCUGUCGGUGUUGAAUCCGCUGCCUACACAUCAUUGUUCCCAUACCGGACAAGCUUGAUGACCAGUGUCUUCAAUUAAAGUAUCCAGUGCACGCUUAAAUGAUUUAAGUACUGAAUCGGGACCGUAUUCAAUUAUUGUGUUUACGUGCGUGGAAUACAGCGAAUGCAUUAGAUACAACAGCAGCCGGUGCCAUCGUCGACCGCUUGCCAGAUUUUCUCUAUCACCACGGUACGUGUCUGGCACGGUACGACUUCAAAGAUGUUCCAUGGAUGAUAGAAUUGCAUUUCGCAAGUGAAUCGCCGUAACACGGCUAGUUGGAUGGAUACUCAUGCUGAGACGAAGAGAGUGUUGAGAGAAUUGCUUUGGAUUGCCAGAGUCACUCACCAGCGUGCGUGCGCGGGGGCGGUCGUCGUGUGCCUGUUCAUAUAGUGAGACACGUUUCACAGUGUUGUUGGCUGCACCGCAGAAUCAGUGCUUUUCGUGAUCGCAGUGAGUUUGGUUUAAUAUUCUGACCGCAGAUCCGGUGAUUUCCCGUUCUGGCAAAUUAGUGCAGUACAGUGUGGAGAGGAUUUUUUUUGGGUCCAGUUGGAUACCGUUUCAACCGCAUGAACGCUCAGUGGGCGUUCGGUUGGAUGGCUGUGCGGUAUUGUCGGUGACAAAGUGAGGUAUUAAAUGUGUAAUUUAUAGUCACUGGCGAAAAUCUUGUUAAAUUGAGAAUUGCCGUUAGUGGAAGCGAGAAGCGCGCAAGGGAAGAUAACGGUUUUCGAGCGUGGUUUUAUUGUUUCUUAGCAGCAGUGGCAGGUGUUGCUCUCUGUGUCGAAGGAAGAACCGAAAUUUUAUGGUAGUACAGUAUACAACAAUAAGAGCGAAUAAUUGAUGUUCCGGUGCUAGAAUUCUGAAUUAAAUGCACGAUGGAGUGCAAUAGCGGACGGCAGCAAUUUUAACAGCCGGAAUAGUAUGAAGUGAAAAGUGAAAAUUCUCAGCUGCUGAAUUAGGGCUGCGAUCGUAUGUCAAAAGCGAAAAUUCGAUAGCGUUGUGCAAACAGUGAAUUGUGUUUCCGAGUUGUGUCUGUUGGGACUAUGAAGAAAUAAGGACAUAGACCAGACGCCAAACCGUGAAAGACCGUAGCAAGUUCUUCGAUACUGGAAACAUCUGCCGUCGGUUGGUCGGUCGGUCCGUGUUGGCUAUCGACUCCGGAUUCCAUCAUCGUUCGGCAAGACACGUGCAACCCGUCACACGGAUUAGAGAUUAGGUCCAAACUCAAAAUGGAAAACUUUUACCCUUCACUCGCGUCCCCAUCCGGAUAUCUGCCGGUGAAAGUUUCGGAGCCAGAGAAGAAAGACAUCCAGUUCUGAAAAAGUUUAGCAAAGCCGCGGACGGUUCCAGUGCUUACGUUUCUUCUCACCCGUUGCCGAAAGGCCAUAGUUCUACUGAUCAUCAGUGAAUAAAAUUGAGUUGGAAAAAGUUCCUACUAGUACAUAAAUAGAAGGUCCGCUGGUGGAAGGUGGAAAAUUGGAGAGUUGGUGAGCAGUUUAUUUUCACUACGUCAUCGUCACGCGGCCCGAUACGGUGUUUGUGUAUCGUCUUUCAUCUGGUGAAAAUUGUUUGAUAGCUAGGACGGUCAGAAAGGUAGAACUAGUUGUGUUUCGCGAAGCGUUUUCUGCAAAGGCACAGCAACAAUAAAAACAAACGACACGAGGAAACUCAUCAACCGUAGCUUCUCAGUUUGCAGUCAAGAUUACACAGCGAUGGCAGCUAACGUGUACAAAUGGGAAAAACUCUCGCCAAGUGAAUUUCAGCAGCUGCAAGAUCUCGCCUCGUACUCCUCGAAAAAGCUGCAGAAUGUGCUCCAGGAUUUUUGCUCGCCCACGACUCCCUCGGCAACACGAUUUCAUCCGGAUGGGGACAUUGACUACGAAGGGUUUCGCCGCUUUCUGGAUGCGUUUCUCGACUGCGAAACGCCAGCGGAGCUCUCCAAGCACCUGUUCAUAUCAUUCCUAAAGCCUGCCUUGUACCAAUCUCAGCACAGCCAUGGAAAGGCGCUCAGCCAAAUGGCUGCUAUCAGCAGCAACGCAGCUUGUGCCCCGGUGACGUCACACAAUCGGGGGUCCAUCCCCAACCUGAACAACGUCAUCGACCUGCCAACGCCACUUCCUUCCCAGGAAUCACAGCGCAACAGUUUCGUGGAACGGAUACACGGCAUCACGGACAAGCUUCAAUCUUUCGGUCACCUGGGCCACGAAAGCAGCGACCGGCAGGGCAAAAGCGGCACGGUACAUCCGAUGCUGACAGUGACACCGAGCCCGAUGGGCUGCAGCACAUCAAUCCUGCAGGCCCCGUUCCGGCGUUCGGCCGACUCGAGCCCGUCCCACAGCCACAGCCACAGUCACUCGCAGAUUUCCCGAAACUCGUCCCGCAAAAGCAACAAUUCCGUCAACUGCCGGAUCGAAGAUAUCCGGUUGCUCCCGCGGAAACAAUCCUAUCUGGAUCCGAUGCUGCUGAAGGUACCACUGAAGGAUGUCGUCUGCUAUUUGUCGCUGCUGGAAGCAGGACGACCCGAGGAUAAACUAGAAUUCAUGUUCCGGCUGUACGACACCGAUAGCAAUGGUGUGCUGGAUACCACCGAAACGGACGCGAUCGUAAAUCAAAUGAUGUCCGUCGCUGAAUAUCUCGGCUGGGAUGUGUCGGAGCUGCGCCCGAUCCUGCAAGACAUGAUGACUGAAAUCGACUACGAUGGCGAUGGGUGCGUGUCGCUGGAGGAAUGGCAGCGAGGAGGACUAACCACCAUUCCACUGCUGGUGUUACUCGGUGUCGACAACACGCUAAAGGAGGACGGCUAUCACGUUUGGAGGCUGAAACACUUUAGCAAGCCAGCGUACUGCAAUAUGUGCCUCAACAUGCUCGUCGGUCUCGGCAAGAAGGGAUUAUGCUGUGUGUUGUGUAAGUACACGGUCCACGAGCGGUGCGUCCAGCGAGCGCCAGCAUCCUGCAUUGCCACCUACGUCAAGUCGAAAAAGUCGAAAACCACUUCAACCUUCCAGCAUCACUGGGUCGAAGGGAACUGCUACGGCCGAUGCUCCAAGUGUCGAAAACGAAUCAAAGCGUACAAUGGCAUUACGGGAUUAACUUGCCGCUGGUGCCGGAUGAUGCUCCACAACAAAUGUGCCUCUCUGGUGAAAGCGGAGUGCAGUUUGGGUGAAUUCUCGAACCUUGUACUGCCCCCAACCGCGAUUUGUCCUGCUGUGUUGGACCGACAAAAGUCCAUCAAUUUCGCCACCAGUCGGGGGAAGAGCAUAUCUUCAACGAUACAUUUUCAAAUUACCGCCACCUCAAAUACCUGCCCACUUCUAGUGUUCAUAAACCCGAAAAGCGGUGGUCGGCAAGGUGAUCGCAUCCUGAGAAAGUUCCAGUACCUGUUAAACCCACGGCAAGUAUAUGACCUGUCGAAAGGAGGCCCGCUGGAGGGGCUUAGCAUGUUCAAAGAUGUGCCAAAUUUCAAAGUGAUAUGUUGCGGGGGUGACGGAACCGUUGGUUGGAUACUGGAAGCAAUGGAUUCCAUCGAACUGCAGUGUCAGCCCUCGAUCGGAGUCAUCCCGCUGGGGACGGGAAACGACCUAGCCAGAUGCCUACGGUGGGGCGGUGGAUACGAAGGUGAGGGUAUUCCAAAGAUUCUGGACAAGAUUCAGCGAUCUUCGGUUGUAAUGCUGGACCGAUGGAGCAUAGAGGUUAAGAACCAUCCGUUGACGGGUGAGGACACACCGGUGAUACCUGCUCAGAAGGUACUACAGGUGACACUAUCGGAGAACGUGCAAAAAGUGAUAGAAAUUUCGCAAAGGAUAAUUGUGGAAAAAUCUGUGAUUCAAUCGUACGAUGAGGUUAAAAAUAGUACAAAAGCUACCGAGAUAUCGAUAGAAAACACAAAACGUGUCAUUCUAAGUGACAAUAACAACACCGAGGUGCACCAACACUCAACCACGACGGCAGUGACGUCGUCAUCGUCGAAAGAAGAAAUUACUCAACAAACAACCGCCACCGUCAACGGGGAUGUUGUCAAAGAAGCACCGCUUGUUAACAGCUCCAGCAGCUUCGAGUGCCGCACGGAAAUCAUCAGCCAUGACAAUGAUGACACAAACGGUAGCCACAAACCACCGCCGCCAGCAGCGGAUAGCAGCAACACGGUCAACGGCGACAGCCACGCAAAUGAAGAUGACAUCGAUCAGACCGAUGAUAAGACACGUGCUGAUGGGGCAACGGAAAAGUACCCCCGACGGCCUCAGCUGUCCGGGCUCACUGCCAGGGAGAGAAUUGUUGACCUACCCAAGUUGAUCAAACCACAGUCGGCAUCGGAAUUCACUGUGCCGUACAAUAUUAUCAACAAUUACUUCUCCGUGGGCGUGGACGCCGCGAUCUGCGUAAAGUUCCAUCUGGAACGGGAAAAAAAUCCGCAUAAAUUCAACAGCCGCAUGAAGAACAAAUUGUGGUACUUCGAGUACGCCACUUCGGAAACAUUUGCCGCAUCGUGCAAAAAUCUUCACGAGAAUCUCGAAAUAGUGUGCGACGGUGUUUCGCUGGAACUCGCCAACGGACCGCAACUGCAAGGCAUUGCUUUACUCAACAUACCGUACACCCACGGCGGUUCGAAUCUGUGGGGAGAACACCUGUCCCAGAAACGCAUGCGAAAAGGCCCAUUCCGAAAGAAGCUGAAAAAUUCGGAUAAGGAACUGUCGGCCAAUAGUUUCAACUCGGUGGAUCUGUCGAUUGCGAUUCAAGAUAUUGGAGAUCACCGGAUAGAAGUGAUUGGAUUGGAGAACUGUCUGCACAUGGGUCAAGUUCGAACGGGGCUCAGAGCUUCCGGUAGACGUUUGGCACAGUGCAGCGAGGUAGUGAUUACGACCAAGAAAACUUUCCCGAUGCAAAUUGACGGGGAACCGUGGAUGCAGGUGCCGUGCACGAUCCGAUUAACUCACAAAAAUCAGGUCCCAAUGCUAAUGGCACCCCGGUCCGAGAAGACCGGUGGAUUCUUCAAUUUUCUGAAGAGAUGACUAUCAAAGAAGUCUGACACAGAUAUUCCGGGGAUCGACGCCUAGCAGAGCCUAUCGGAUGCGUAAAGGCGUCCUUUAGUAUCCAGAACACCACACAGAGAAGCAGAAUAUCGACAACCAAACAAUAGCUUUAACCAGGAACCAAUACCAAACUAAAAUCCAGAUCAGAGUAGUAAACUUUUUACCCGAAAUAUAUACAUAUAUACAUUUUUCAAUUAAGUCCCGUAAGGACUUACUAACCAGUCUAGCGAGAGACACUUUACCUUACAUCUACCUAUUAUAUAUUGCGACAACAACUGAAUUUACUAAGACAGAGUUUCGUAUCGAAAUUCCUUAAGGAUCUAGAGAGGAGGGAUUGCUUUUUGAUCUAAGACCCAAACAAAAUAUCUACCUUUCCUACUGCAUAUAUCUAUGUUAGCACGUAGAAAUUAGACUACCAAAGUGCACCACCAAAGAAGAUAGAAAACGAAUCCUACCAAAGGCUCCCCAGGGAGGUCACCACAUUUUAUAAGCUUGUAUCAUAGAUCCAUACCCGUUCUAAUGUAGGUUCAAGCAUGUCUGCUACGUUGACUUUCGACUCAAAUCAGCGGCAGGAUAGUCGUUAUGGUAAGUGAAUAGUUCUAACUAUGUUGAAUAUACCGAGCUGCUGUAAUGAGUGGGAUAAAUGCGUAGAUAGAGUGAAAGAUGGAUAGUAUCCAUUUGCGAGAUUGUGUGUUUACACUAAAAAUACUAGUUGGCUGUGUUUGAGUAUAUGGUAUCUGUUAUUAGUAAAUGCAGAGGAAGAUAUUAUUAUUAUUGUUAUUAUGCUGUUACGCUUAUCCGGAUAUAAACUACAAUUGAUAGCAUUAUUCUAAUAGGAAACACAUCUCGAAAGAGUGGGGAUAUGCUCGGUUUAUGUGCUUUAAUAUAGAUUUAAGUGAACGGUUUAAGCUAGAUCUAAAUAAUGAUGGCGGUAGGCUGGGCAUGCUGCGCUUUAAUUACGUUUCAUUUUAUGAAUUUACUUUUUUAGAUUUCUUUAUCACCACAGAGAACAGACAUCAAUAUUUAAACAAAUAAUUUUGUAAAACUUGUGUUACACAUUUGAACGAAUAUCAACUCAAACUCAAUAGCGAAUCCGAAGGUGAAAUCCCAGUUACUUUUUUUAAACAGACCGAAUUUUUUUACAUAACUGUAACGCUCGAGAUGGGCAUCCAUUUUAUGUGCUAUCACCACUACACUCUCCGAUAAAAAAUAGAGUAAGCAUUUUAACGACUAAAAUGAUUCUGAUGCUAAAAUUGAAAAGCUUCCGACAUUUAUGUGCUCUCGCUAUGUUUGAACAACGAUUUUAACGUCUGAUUUUCGAAACCCUUUCAAAAAUUAUAUAGUAACUGAGAUUAUAUCACAACUACUCUAUUCAACUCGCUUGAAUAUAUUAGUUACUAUCAGUUAAGAUAUCUUCUUUUAACACACUAGAAGUUGAAAUCUCCCAAGUGUGCAAACAAUUUUUCGUAGGUCGAGCUUUUUCUCUAAAAAUAAAUGAAAUAUACAAUUUGAACAGUUUUUCGAAAUUCGAAUUAUUUUCAAUGUCAUCUCUAAUUACUUUUUUACAAGAAUUUGAAUUCUACUAUGUUAUAUUUCUCCUUAGGGGAGAAAAAUUUGGGUAAAAACUAUUUUCUGCAAUAAGGAGAAAAUUGUUUGGCAAGUGAUCUGCAGAUGUGGAUAAAUAUUCAGUUAUUCCGACGACUUGAACUUCUAUAUUUCUUUCCCAUGAAAGCUACACAUUUUUUGUCGAAUUUGGCAUCUUUCACUCUACCGGGACAGUCUUAGAGUGGCAUAGAACCAAUAAUGUUGUUUUUGCACCAGACUCCAUUCUAUAAAAAAAUUAAGCCCCUAUAACAAACGUUCAUAAAAUACCCAAAAAUGUUUCAAAAUGCCCUUGUGAAAGUGUGAUUGACAGUAUCAAGAAAAAAUCGACGUUACCUUUACCACAAACAAACAGACGUAACACGAGAUGAAUUUUCAUCACCCACAGAAAAAACGGUCGAUUUUUAUUAUAAAAAAUGCGCCAUCUCACCGAGCGUGGCACUAGUGAAGCUAUUCUGACACAUAGCCAUAAUGCGUCACUUCGUUACCGCAAGCACUCGAAAACCAAGAUGAAGGGAAAGAAAGGUGGGAACAUUUGCCACUUUUGAGUGUAUUAGUUUUAUACAUGUGAAUUUGUACAUGGCGUCCGCGGCCCAUAAAAUAAGUAAACAUAAAUAUCUAAACGAGCAUCCUGAUGCUUUGACGCACGAUAUAAAGAGAAAAGGCCGAACUUCACGACGGAUCUUUCGAUUCGAACACUUUUUUAUCUCGAAACUACCAAUAAUAAUAAUUAUGAUUAAACCGAAUUAAAACCUAUGAUGUAGCCACAGAAAAGCCCACUACAUUAUUUGUUCAUGUUUUUCUUCUUCAUAUCCGUUUGUUUUAUCGGUUUUAUAGGAGAAAAAUGACAACAGUACUUAUGUAUACUUAGAACAAUGUGGUCACCUGUACCGUCGUGCCCGAAAACAUUACCGCCAUUUUCAUUCUAUGCAAACCAAAACAAACAAAAAUGUGAAAUGUAUUCCUGUCGAAGCGUCCAAAGUAAGAAUUGUUCAAAAUCAUUUCGUAGUUUCCUGUACGAUGCCGAUCGAUCAGCAGAUACAUUUUAGGAUCUUGCCAAUUUGACUGGUUCGGUGUAACGAAUCUAACCGAGUGUAUGCAAUAGAUUGGAAUUUGUCGGUCGCCGGAACUGACGGAGAAAGUAGUGCCGUGUACUCGUAUGCAGAAAUGUCGUGGCGAGACAUCAGUUUAGAAUUUUAUAAAAUGAAAUUCUCGCAUAACCUACAUAAUCAGUUUUCACUACCAAGUAAUCGACCGAUUUAGUAAGUUGAAAUAGACCGAUUUCAACAGAUAUCGUCGGUCAUAUUUAAUCGGUUGUCGCGUCGCCAGACUCCCGUGUUAAACUCCCAUAAGAGUCGGUGCAACAAUCGGCCGAUUAAUUGGUGGCAUCGUCGGCCGAUUGUGCCGACGCAAGCCGAUUUAGUCGGUGGGAAAAUCGGGAGGAUUUUCUAUGGGGAACAGCAAUAAUGCUCCUACUUUUCAUCAACUACCCCACAGAAAAUCGUCCCGAUUUUCCCACCGACUAAAUCGGCUUGCGUCGGCACAAUCGGCCGACUAUGCCACCAAUUAAUCGGUCGAUUGUUGCACCUACUCUUAUGGGAGUUUAACAUGGAAGUCUGCGACGCGACAACCGAUUAAAUAUGACCGACGACAUCUGUUGAAAUCGGUCUAUUUCAACCUACUAAAUCUGGCGAUUACUUAGUAGUUUAAAACUGGAACCAGAUUUACACAGAUUAAAUCUGGUGAUUAAUAUGCCGACGGAUGUUGUUUACCGACGAAACUCAACUUAGUCGGUUAACUAAUCGGUCGACCUCGAAGCACCCGAUUAAGUCGGUCGACUGGGAAAUUUCGCAACUGUCAAAUUUUCUAUGGGGUAUCUUGCAGUUCAAGAUGGAGCAGCCCCCUGGCAACCCUAUACCAUCAUAUGGAGUUUGACAGCGACCUACAUAUAUGGGGCGUUAUAGCCUGGGAGGGAGAAACAGACUCAAUAAAUGUGAAUGUCAUAGCCAGCCAGAACGAAACUGUCACUCCGAGCCACAAAAAAGUGUUCAUCGAGGAAAUGAGAGUAUUGUUAUCAUAUGCUUGCUUGAAAAUGUUUCCGAACGAUGAAUUUCCUUGAUUUUUUGUCUAGAUUGGGUGUAGCAGUAAAUAUUAUUAAAGUUUUUUUGUGAAUUUAAUGCCAUUUUGAAAUUAGCCAGAUAGAUUUUUCGGUAAUCCGUGCUGCCACAAUCAAAUAAAUUGUAUUUCUAUGUAUUCAAUGAUGAAUAAGAAUUUAGAUGCGUUCAAAAGUUUCGAGUAUCUUUUUAAGACAAUAUUGCGAUCUUGCUAUAAUGUAAAAUAAACGCUAAUUUUAUAUGAAAAUUUCAAAUAAUAUUUACAUUUUAAGCUCAAUGAACUACGCCUAAAAUAUAUUUUAUGCUUGUUAUAAAACCAGUUAUGGAAAUGUGACGACGCUGUAAAUGUUCUCUACUCCAAGAAAUGGGAAUAUGGAAUCAAAAAAUAUGCUGUGACGUGCACGUUUUUUGGUAAUUCAAAAAUACUUUUUGGUUUAAAAUUUAUAUCAUCUUUCUAUUUAAAACAUGUCAUAAAAGCUAUUUUCAUAUCUAUAGUAAAGACAAGUAAUAAUGGUGUAAAUCGUGCGAAGAAAGUUUUAAAAAUUUGUGACUGAUUUAACAAUUUUAGAAUGAGUGACACCUUGCUAGUCAGAUUUGAUGGUUCUCCAGUUUAAAGUUUCUUUUGAGAGUAUACUGCGAAAAUGAAAAUCAUCAACGGCUUAGAUGCAUGCUAAUAAAUAUAAACAAAGUUUCGAAAAAAAAUUGGCAAGUUACUUCGACGUGAAGUUUGACAUCGACAUAAUAUUUUUAAUGUUCGGGUGCUCAUGCAGCUUAAUCUGAUGAUCAGAAUCAUGAAAAAAUUCCAUUUCUAUCUAUUAGUUAAAAUCUUACACUUCGAAAGUUAUUUGCAAAAUAACCUUGGCUAAAUUUGACAGUUCGACGGUUAAAAUUGUUUGAUGAUGUAAAAAGAAAGGUGGAAACAGUUUUCUGUACUUUAUUUAGGAUGGCAAUAUUUUUCAGUAGUAAAUAAAGGAGAAAUAUAAAAACGAAAACAUGUUAUAUCAAACGUUUUUUCGUUUAUUUCAUUAUAUGGAUAUUUACGUUCCAAGGCUGCAGCCGUACCUAUAUAUAUCUACCUAUCAAAUACCUAUGCAUUGGUCAACAUUUCACAAAUCAGAUAAACAUGCCUCUACCGGCGAGUUUCCUUAUUCAAGGAUUCUGUUAGUUAAAUUUUUAUAAAAUUAAAUUCUAUUUUUCAGAUUGAAUUUAAUGUUGUAUCGGUUUUUAAUAUUCAGUUUAAGCAAUUUUUUAGGAAACCGUGGUAGAAUGAAGGAGAAGAACGGCACAAAAAUCCUAUUUUAAAAGUAUAAGAUUAGACACAUCGUUCCGAAAUUUGUCCCAUUUCACUUGAGUACUGGAAGCAAACUGUCGUCUGACUUUAUCUUCAAAUCAAUGUAAAGCACCCGGGAAAAAAACUUUCACUGAUUUUAUACUGUCCCAAGAUCCUUUCCAUCACACGAUUGAAGUCAUGUGCCGGUAACACGCUUGCAUCAAUGACACGCAAAAUGAAAUUUGCUCAUUUAUGCGUCGCCCACCUUGAUUGAUUUUGGCUGUCGAAAGUUUUCUUGCUUCUUGACAAGUGCUAUUAUUUACACUUCGUGCGUAGUGUCUGUUUCUCCCUCCCAGGUUAUAGCUAUAAAGCCCCAAACAAAGAAUUAUGUUCGGCACUAUACACGAUAUUCAAGCAUUACACACGACGUUUUGCAUCUUGUGGGAUGAUUUGACACGAUAUUAUUCAGAAAACAACGUUUAGUAACUAAUUAAGCCUUUAAUCGUUCGAUUCAAAAUUAAUGUUUUGAUUUUCGUGGCAGUGAUGCUGGUUGUACAGAGACGUCGUCCUUGACAGGGGGCUGAGAUGGAGAGAAACGUGGGAACAUUUGACACUUUUGAGUGUAUUAGUAUUAUACUUGCAAAAUUAGGCAUGGCGGCCGGGGCCCUUGAAGUAAACAUCAACAUCCGAACGAACAUCCAGAUUCUUUGGCGUACGAUGAAAAAAGAGGAAAGGCCGAGCUUCACUUCGGAUACAUCGAUUAGAACAUUUAUGGAGACUUUUUAUCUCGAAAAAACCGAUUAAAUUAACUAUGACCGAACUGAAACAAAACUUAUGGCAACAGAGGGGCCCAUUACGUCAACUGUUUGUGCUUUUCUUCUUCAUAUCCUCUUGUUAUUUCAACUUUUUCAAAGAAAAAUGACAACCGCACUAACACACAGAAAAAAAAUGUGAACACCUGUAUCCGUCUUGCUUGCUGUUGACAAGCGGUGUGGGCAUUGUUGCUAGGACUUGGGUUAAAUAAAAGAUUUCUCAUGGUUGCCAGAAUCACAUUUUGUACAAUGUGUUCAGAUGUCGCCAAUAUACCGUGUGCGAUGAAUUUUUUAAUUUUUUUUUCGAGCUGUUACGUCUGUUUGUCUGUCCCUUUACCCUCAUUGUGGAUGUUAAGAACGUCUGAUUUUUGGUGACCUAUAUUCGUGUAUUUUUUUCGGCUUUUACCACGAAAAAUAUUUUUAUUAUCUUUCUAGUAUUUUGAGGUUUUAUUUUCAAUUGAAGUAUGCUUAACACAAGCAGAACAUUCUUGUACAGACGAAACAAUAUAUAGUUUAAAUUUUAAAAAUCCUGAAAAAAAUUAAAUGAAUCAUAGGAAUUUUGUCACACGGGAAAUUCCUAUUUAAUAUACCAUAUGUCGGAAGCUGAUCAAAGAAUUUUAAAUAAACGGAAAAUCAAAACUAAAAAAUAAGACACAUUUUUUUCAACUACAUAAGGUUUCAAAAUUUCUACAAACCAACACAACACGAUCGACCGUUGAAAGCAUUUCCGAGAGGCUCGUGUGGUCAAUCAAAAAGCGAUUUGUGCAUUAUUUCUGCUUCGGAAACACCACAGUAGCAGUUAACAAACAAGAUAUUGAACAUGUUGUACAUAGUAGAGUUCAAAUAAAGGUAUUGUAUUGCUUCAGUAUGAAACUGAACAUGUAUUUAAGCAGCAUGUCUAUAUUACUUAUUGAAAAUACAAAUUUUCGUCUAUAGCGAAUCGAAUAAGGAAACAGUAUUUUUCAGCAAAAUAUACUGAUCGAUGUAAGAACAUAAUAUUCUAAAAUAGUCUAGUAAGGAAAACAAGUAUUACUAUUUGGAUUAAGAGUAUUUAUUUUAGUUAGCGAACGUUUCAUCCUUCAAUUUAAAAAAUAAAGGACAAAAUAAAACAAAAAAUUGUACAAUUCAGAAAAGAAGUAUUUGCUAUGCAUAAUUUCGUUGUAGGACAUAUAAAGGUUUGAGCAAAUAACUAACCUGUGUAUUCCUCGGUUUAUUUUAUAGUAUGUAUUGUUGAGUUUUUAUUACAACACUCGAAGAUGACACGAGCAGCAGUCGGAAGCAGCCGAUUGCCUCGGAAUAGUAGUUUCAGGCCUAAAAUACUGUUUUUUAUAUUAUAUCAAACAGAAUAUGUAACAAAGCACCGCUAAUGUAUUGCUUACAAACGAUAAAAACAUAGGAGACAGUUGUAGAAAUGGUGGAGAAUGUAGGACGAAAGGAUAGCUGUUACGAUCGGUCACCUCUGACUAGUAGAAGCAUGAACAAUUGUUAUUUUCCUUUGCUGUUGGAAUGUAGGUAUAGUUGAGAUCUCUUUCGGUUAUUUUGUUUUAGUCUAAUUCUCUCACCUAUUGCUAGAAUAGCUGGAAUAGCUUUGAAUAUCAAAAUCACACUUUCGGACCAAACGGGGAACUUUCAGUAGCGAUACAGAACAUAUAUAAAAAAAAUUAUUCCUCUCAAAUUCUUUUGGUUUAACUGUAAUAAAACACAGUACAUCAUUGUGUGUACUCGAAAUAGUAAAAUCAGAAACGACAAUAGAUGGAAUAGGAAUUAUUAACAAGAUGUCUUACUUUUCUAUAAUGAUAAUGUAGAGUAAUUGCGUCCAGGAUCCAUUUUCGUGCAUCACCGUUGCCAUUCAUUGGACAUUACUUAAUGUAUGAACUCAAAUAAGAGAGAAAAAAGCUUUCUCCCCUGGUGCCAUUAUCGCCGAUCACUGGUGAGCCCGAAUACAUAAAUUCAUCGACCACAUUGAUAUCGGCGUCAACAAUAAUCUCAGCGCGAAGUAUAACUUAUCUUUGAACCGUCUCAAAAUAACAUACUACAAUAUCUGCGUCGUAGAUAAAGCUGAACAGACUCCCGGAGGAUCGUCCCUCGGUCUUCCAAAUCGAUAUUGAACACUAGACAAGAGAUCUCAUCACCUUGCAGUAGCCCUUUCGGAGAUUCGGAAGGUCUUGAGAGUGUCUCUGAUACUCGGAUCCACUGUCGUUUUGCUCAAUCGUGUCUGUUAGUUCAGGAACACCUAUUCGAGCAUAUAUGUCAUAGUUGAUCUCGAUCGAUUGUGUCGCAUGCGGCUUUGAAAUCUAUAAACAGGUGAUGAAUUGGCUAGUUGUAUUCCCGACACUUCUGUAGGACUUACUGAGCUCGAUAUAACCAUACGAACUUCCUUACUAAAGAUGAUGAAUAGGCAACGAUAAUGAAUUUGGGAGACCAUCCUGUAAAAGCGUUCAACAAUGUGAAUGCUCAGUAGUUGCAGCAAUCCAGGCUCUUACCCUUUUCAUAGCUAGAACAUACUGCUGCCUCCUCCGGUAAAAUCUCCUUCCAGAUCUUCGAAAUCACACAGUGAAUUGCUCUAGCCAAUGUUUCUCCUCCGUGUUUGAGCAGUUCACAUGGAAGUAAUCAGUGCCAGGGGCUUUAUCUGUCCAAUCUCCUCCUGAAUCUCAGGUAGAUCCAGUGCUGGAAAUCUGUCGUCGGCUGCGUCCCCGACAGUGAACUCACUCUACUCUGACCGAAGUCCCGACGGAAGGAUUUCCUCUGACGCCGAUACCCGCUUCUUCAAGCCAUUUAGCUUCCAGAUUUAUCGAGAUCAACUCGGAUAUUAUCCUACUCCGACUGAGAGUGCCUUGGCAACGGAAUUUCUCUCGAUUCCGGUGUUUGUUUCGUGAGCCAAUUAGCUUUCGUCACAAUGCUGUCGGAUAGUCCACGACGGCGAAUCUACCCUACCGUAAAUUUCCCGGCAGAAGAUUGCCCCGAUAGCGAUGUACGUUUUUGUGAGCCAUUUAGCUUCCCGCUUCGUCCCGAUCUACUCGAUCUAGUCCCCGGCGGUGGACCUAGCCUAUACAACGGGCCAGCCAGUAGGUGCUGAGGUCCAUCCAGCGAUUUCGGAUGGAGCGUAGCUUCCGUUUCACUGGCGCCCCAAUGACCCACUGCUAGCUGUUCGACGCGGUCUACUCGGUCUAAUCUCCGGUGGUGAAUCUAGCCUACUCACGAGCUACCCAGUAGGCUGUCGAGGUCGGUCCGGCGAUUUCGGUGAAGCCUGACGUCCGGUUCGCUGGUACCCCGGCGACACGAACCCGGUACUACGUCGCGUAUUACUCAACUGGUCCCCGGCGGUGGACCCAGUCUACACCAUCGGAGAGUUCCCCGAUUUGUGGUUUUACGGCGGCGUUCUAGCCAAUGGCGCUUUGUUGGUUCCUUCGCCACUUCCUCUGCAGCUCAGAGAGUAUACUCGUAACUAGAAAAACUCUAGAAAGAGAACUGCGGAGACUCCAUUUUGGAUCGAUUGGAUUCACAUUUAGCUGUCAAAAUACGAAUCCAAUCGAACAUUGCCUAUCCUUAUAACAUUGGACGUGUUGCCAUACAAUGCCGGGGCAUACGUUGCCAAAAAUGCUGUUUUUCUCUCCGCAGUUCUCUUACUAUGAGUUUUUCUACUCGUAACCACUCUGUUGACAGCGUCCCAGAUAUGCUCGUCGUGACACAUCUUUUCGACGAUAUUAUCCACUGUCACACCGUGCAUACCCCUCCGAACUUCUUCGAACCUAGGGCAUUCGAAGACCACAUGUUCCGGUGUCUCUUGCAUGUUCACAUACUCUAGGUAAAGGGGUAACGAAGAGUGUCCAACCCGAUGCAUGUACCUCCGGAAGCAUCCGUGCUCGGACAGAAACUACGUCAAAUGGAAAUUCACCUCUCCAUGCUUCCUAUGUACCCAAGCAGACACAUGUGGGAUGAGUCGAUGGGUCCACCUUCCUGUCUCCGCAUUAUCCCAAUACGUGCAUUUCUCCGCUGGUAGCAUUCCACUUCCUCAGCCAGAGUGAUGCAGAUGGGAAUUAUCCCGGCAAUUACGCAUACCGCCUCCGACGAUAUCGUUCUGUACGCACUAGUGACACGAACAGCCAUUAGGUAAAACGUGCUUUUCAACUUCAUCCGGAUUCGCUUUGAGUUCAGCGCAGCAGCACAGGCCGUUACGCCAUACCUCAGUAUUGAGGAUGAGACACCGGCCACGAGACGUCUCGUGCUGCCUCUUGCUCCACCGUUAUUCGGCAUGACCCAUGCCAAUGCGUUAGUUGUUCUCGCAGUCUUCUCACAUACAUAGUUAACAUGGCUAGCCGAUCGUCGACCAUCACACCCAGGUGCUUUAACGUACGACUCGAUGGGAUGGAUUGUCCCCCGACGCUGAUCACGACACGCUGGAUUUUUUACGGUUUCCAACAACCACGAUCUGGGUCCAGAGCGUUGGGCUGAGUAUGGAGCCCUGAGGUUCUCCUGCCGUGACCCUAAUCAACAUCUGCCCCAUAUUCGUUUCGUAGACCAGUACUCGGUUCUUGAAGUAACUUUUCAGAACCUUGCACAGACAGUCCGGAACCUGCAUUUUGUGCAGCGCUACGGCUAUCGCCGCUGGCCUACAGAUUUAAUGUCAUCAGUAGACGCACGGGAGACAUGAGAUGCGGGCGAAUACUGGGAUGUAUUCACCAUUUGACGACCAUACAACUCCCGGUGUGAUUUCGACUGCGACUGAUCGAAACAAAACGAGGAUACGAAAGAGGUAAAAUAGAAGGGAAACAGAGUUUCUCCGAGCCAGGACCAGAAUGUAUUGGAGAUUUCCAUGUUGCUCGGCCUUGGUUUGCCACUUUUUGACGUUUGUUAUCAGCCAGUCGACAUCAUCAUGGUGGUAAACCUUAUACUGCGCUAUUCACACUUUUCCCUUCUUCCACCGCAUAUCGACCACAGGAUUCUUCUCUCAAAUAGAUCGAUCUCUAAAUAAUCUAUAUUCCUCAUAGUCAUACUAAACAACAUUUGUAGAUGCUUUAGAUGUCUACGCAAAACUGCAGAAAGUCCUGUUCGUACACUCCUUUGUACACAGUAGAUCAUACUAUGAAACAAGUAUUCCGUCGACAACCUCGUUUAGGCUACGUUGUUCUCUAUAAGCUGGCAUGAACUUUAUUUUUCCAGGGUCCCAUUCAAACAAAAAAGCGUCUUCAACUGCUCAGUAUUCGAGUACAAGAUUAUCGAUGUCAUCCAAGAAGUCAAGAGGUCUGUGAGAUUAAUUGCUCUACGUAUAUUGUUACCUAUUUCCAGACUCCGUACCCAGAUAUUUUAAUUACUUCAUUGUCAUAUCGACACAAGGCGAAGUUACGCGAAUACGAUAAACUUGAGUGAGGGUUCACUCUCGGGACACCCGAGCAGUGCGCAACUAAUCCCGUUCAUUUUGGGGCAACCGUUCGGUUAACAUAUUUGGGUAAUCCUGCGUUCUUUUCUGUUGUUCCACUCCAGGAGUCACCACCUCGGCUUAAUUACUAGUGUCGACGUAUAGGGACUGUCGUGUGCACGCUUCGCUACAAUAAUUCUAUUCAUGAAGCUCUUUAACCCCACUUUAACUGACAGUUUAUCGAUAUUUUUUCUUGGUUUACGACACCAUACUAUGUCUUGAAACAUAAUAGUACAUCGAAUAAACAAAUCUUUUCUAUAGUGCAUUUACUUAUGGCGAUUUCGCUUGAACCUGAAACUGAAUCAGGUUCUAACCCCAACCGCUGUCAGUUUAUACAUUUUGACAGCAGUUGGGGUUAGGAACUGACUCAGUUUCGCCUCAAACAAAAACCACAUUACAGAACGCGUCUGUGUGUUCAUCUAGUAGAUACAGAACACUAGAUUAGGAUUGUGGCUAGUAUUACCGUUUUCUCUAUCUCAUUCGCUCUACGAACGCGAAUGAGGCAGAGAAAACGUUACUACUAGAACAAACUUUCCCGAAAAAACCUGUGUUAACAUUUAAAUGAAAAUCAGUUAGAAACCACCCUCGCAUACAGAUUCGCGUGCAUGAAUCACCAUUGUAUUCAAGGUUGCACGCAACGCCCGUAUAGCUUCUGCUAGCCGAUCGUAGUGCAGGCUAGUGGCAAGUUGCUACUUGCUGGUGACAUUUCAAAACGACAGUUUUAAUUCUUACACACAUUGAAAACUUUACUUGUAUGUCAGUUCUCAGUGCUACCACUGAGAACUGACAUACAAGUAAAUUUUUCAACUUGUGUAAGAAAUUAAACAGUCGCUUUGAAAUGACAAAAGCAAGUAGCAGCUUGCCACUAGUCGGCGCUUCGAUCGGCCAGCAAUCGCUAUACGGGACUUGUAUACAAACUGGGAUACAAUGGUGACUCACGCAUGCGAACCUUUAUGCGAUGGUGAUUUUCAACGUAUUUUCAUUUAAAUGUUUACACAAGUUUUUCGGGAAAGUUUGUUCUAGCUUGUAUGUCUGUUCUCUGUGGUGCUACUAGCGACAAUCCCAAUUCUGUAUCCAAUGCUGCUCAUCUCGAACAACCGCAGAUCCGGCACAUUCUAAUGACGAUGUUAUUAUUCAGAUAAUUAUUGUUUAACUUAAAUAACUUUCUAUACUAUUUUCAUCAGGGUCACAACGAAUGUUCCAAAAUGGUGUUCCACUAGACGGCAAAUUUUUGCAUGUAUGUACUAAUAGCCGGAAGAGUUUUCUGAAACAAACACUGGCCCACUACUGGAACUGUAUUAUGAGAAAAAAGUUUUAAAUGAAUUUACAUUGGAAAUAUAACCACAAACUAGAGCUGUAGCUGUAGUCUAGCCGAAACAAAUAUAUUCGUCCAUCAGCUAUACAAUUAUAUUUAAAGCAAAACUAACGACAUAAAAUAAUAAAUAGAAAAUAAUUUUAUGCAUCAUUAGAAAUUAAUCGUAAUAAGAAAUCUAAAUAAACUGAUUACUGUAGCUGAUGAUCAUGUGCAUAAUUCUUUAACAUUCUACUCAAGUACAUCGGGUACUCAUACAUUAGGAAACUCAAGAUCUGUUUUGUUUUUGCUACAUUUAUAAAUAGGAAAGUGAAACGAACAUAUGUGAUUUUAAAUGUUAAUUAAAACCAUGUUCAGUACGCAUAUAUUAUGUAUAACACUGAUAACAGGUAUAGACUUUUCUACGGCUCAUGUACGUACACGUCACAUGACACAAACACUACAUCACCAGCUGGUGGAAAAUAAUAAACAAAGACAGCAAAAUCAAAUGGGAUUGUUUUCAACCAGGAAGCUGCAGAAGUGUUCGUGAGACCGAGCGACAAGAACUCAAUGAUCAAUAAUUUGUGAAAACUAAUGAACAUAUGUAAAUAAUAAAAAGUGUACAAGUGUA